AUGGCCAUCAAGAUCGUCAAGAAGCGUACAAAGCCCUUCAAGCGCCAUCAUUCCGACCGUUAUGAUCGGGUAAAGACGAACUGGCGUAAACCGAAAGGUAUCGAUAACAGGGUGCGCCGACGCUUCAAGGGUCAGGUCGUAAUGCCCAAUAUUGGUUAUGGGAGCGACAAGAGGACUCGUCACCUCCUACCCAAUGGACUGAAGAAAUUCUUGGUGCACAAUGCCAGAGAUCUUGACAUACUAUUAUUGCAUAACAAGACUUACGCUGCUGAGGUUGCUCAUGGUGUGUCGGCGCGAAACCGGAUACCGAUCGUCAACCGCGCAAAAGAACUCGGGAUCAAAGUGACAAACGCGUCUGCCAAGUUACGUUCCGAGGAAUAA